AUCAAAAAUCUCACAAUCAUCGGCUUCUUCACAUCAAGGUCUUGCGCUACCUAGGGUUUCCUCUGUCUGUACUCUGUAGCAAAAAAUGAAGCUCGCAUGGCUCAGGUCUCUCGAAACCUCUCAUCAAGACUGCGUUUGGGCUUGUACAUGGGUCCCUGCCACCGAUAAAAGCCCUGGCCUCCUCCUCACCGGAUCCCUCGACGAGACCGUGAAGCUAUGGAAUCCGGAGGACCUCUCCCUUGUCCGUACCAACACCGGACACUGCCUCGGCGUUGUCUCCGUCGCCGCUCAUCCUUCUGGCAAAAUCGCCGCCUCCGCUUCCAUGGAUAGCUUCGUCCGUGUGUUUGAUGUUGAAUCUAACAACACUAUUGCUACUCUCGAAGCUCCUCCUUCUGAAGUCUGGCAAAUGCAAUUCGAUCCUAGGGGUACAACUCUUGCUGUUGCUGGAGGCAGCAGUGCGUCAGUGAAACUAUGGGACACUGCAGAAUGGAAACUCGUAGCAACAUUAUCAAUCCCACGUCCUGAAGGAUCAAAGCCCUCUGAUAAAGGCAACAACAAGAAGUUCGUUCUCUCAGUUGCAUGGAGCCCUAAUGGAAGACAACUAGCAUGUGGAUCAAUGGAUGGAUCCAUUUCUGUAUUCGAUGUUCAAAGAGCCAAGUUUCUUCACCAUCUCGAUGGCCACACAAUGCCUGUUCGUUCUCUUGCAUAUUCACCAUUAGACCCAAGAGUUCUUGUUUCAGGAUCAGAUGAUGAACGUAUUCAUAUGUAUGAUGCAGAAGGAAAGACUUUGUUUUCAUCAAUGUCAGGUCAUUCUAGUUGGGUGUUGAGUGUUGAUGUGAGCCCAGAUGGUGCAGCCAUUGCAUCAGGGUCAAGUGAUCGAACCGUGAAGCUGUGGGACCCGAAAAUGAGGGCUGCGGUUCAGACCAUGACUAACCAUACAGACCAGGUUUGGGGGGUGAAGUUUGAAGGUGGGGGAGGUGGUGUUAGAGGGUGUCUUCUUGCAAGUGUAUCAGAUGAUAAAAGCAUAUCUCUUUACAACUAUUCUUGA